AUGGGAGAUGUCAAAAAUGCCAUAGACAAUACGCCUUUCAUUCCUAUCAGCCAACUGACUAUCAACAGCGAUAAUAACAGACUGGAUAUUAAUGCACACUCAAAUAUGAGUAAACAGCCUAGGAAAUCUUUCUCUGAGGCGUACGAUAACAAAUAUAAAUCACCAUUUAAACCAUUUAAAAAGAUCUCUAACUUCUUCAACAACUCUAGUAGCACAACCGAUAAGGACGUUUUCGCUGAAACCGAACGCUCGAAAGCACUAUACCCAGAUCUUCUUAGGAGAGCGAAAUCGCUAGACCACAAUCAAUCCAAGCAAUUGAAGCAACAAAAACAAGAGAAACAAGAAAAAUUAAUGAGAACGCACUCUAGAGUUAGAAAUAAGCUCCGUAAGACACCAAAGCAGGAGACUGAACAGCAAGACAAUGAUACCAAUAGCAAAGACAAACUGCGCAAAAGGAGCACAAGACGCAGUAAACGAAAAGAACUUGAACAAAGUGAUGAAAUACACGCUAGCUCACAAAUUCCUUCAGUACCCCCAGUACCCCCAAUUCCUCCAGUUCCUAGAAUACCAACUCCCAAGAGUUCCACUCCUUCUAGUACGACCUUUCCCUCAAAUAGUGUUACCUUCACGCCCUUUCCUGGUAGCCAUAUCCAUUCUCGUCCUAGUCCUCCACCUAGACUUGACAUCCCCAAAAUCUCACCCUUCGCGCAAACGCUCGACUUCGUAUCACCUCAGCAGAAUUUAGAACACUCACAAGCCCAGUAUAUUCGCAACAACCAAAGGAGGGAUCCGAGAAGCCCUACGCACAUGCUUGGCGUUAGUAGUUCUUCAGACCAUAGUAGUCCUACUGUAGCUACCAAUUCUGGCCCCCCAACACCAAUGAGCAACUUAACCAACCUUAGCAACUUCAGUAAUCGCCCACAAACAUUACACUUGAUCACCGAUGAUAAUCUAUUCUACGAGGCACUCAAAGAUUAUAGAAAGAGAUCAAUUGUUUUUGGUACCGCUGAAAGCGAUGUUGUUGCAAGCCUAGGUGGUAAAUCUAAUGAUAAACAUGUGCGAACGCCUUCUCCAUCGCCUACCAAAUCGAAUUUUGAGGAUAUACCAGCUAAUGAAGAUCAAAUUAUGUCUGAUCCUGCUUGGAAGAGUGAGGUAAAGAGGCUAUUCAUCAUUCGUGAAAUAGCAAGCACGGAGAGGUCAUACGCAAAAUAUCUUUCACAGCUGCUUGAGCUUAUUAAAACAUCCUAUCCCACAUUUCAAACCAGACCUUCAACUACAUUGCAAAUAAUCGAUGAGAAUGGUAGCAAGAAUCCUGAAGAGUCCUUCAAGCAUAUCAAACUACUAGCGAAGCAUUUACCAGAGCUCAUACAAGUUUCACAACAACUUCUUCAACGUCUGGACGACGACCCUUCAGCCUAUGGUGUAGCAGUGGCUUUCAUAAGCUUAGAAACGGACUUAGAGUCUGUCUUCAUUAACUGGAGUAGGGCUUACCCACAUGUGAUAGAUUCAAUAUCACAAAAUAAACUAUUGCGGGAGCAAAAGGAGAAAAGGAACAAAAGAGGGAAAUCGAUGUCGUUUGUUGAAUCAAACAAGUCGCAACAUUCAGACUUUUACCUUCAAUCACCCCAUGAUAAGGUUGAAAGUUACACUAUUACCAAGAAAGGAAGAGUAAAGACGGAGCCAACUAGAACAACAAAUGAAAAAUCUCUUACUAAAAAGAAACGAAAACAGGCUAUUGAAGAGAGUUUAGAGAGGUUAACACUUAAUGACUCCCAGGUACACCAAAGGCUGAAACUUAAUGACGUUGCAGUAAUGCCUUCACAAAGGGUAACUCGAUACGUCUUGUUAUUAAAAGGUAAAGUAAAGCUUCUAGACCUGUCAAAACAUACUCCAGAAUCCGCAUUAGCUAGUGGACUUGUAGACAGGGCAUUAAGGGGGGCACAAAGGAUAGCUAAUGACUGUAAUGAAGCAAGCGCACGACAAAACAUCUAA